GAACUUGUUCAUGAAAGGGUCAGUCCAUGUGGCAAACUUCAUUGUCUUAUUUUAAGAAAUUGCCACAGCCACCCCAACCUUCAGCAACCACUACCCUGAUCAGUCAGCAGCCAUCAAAAUUAAGGCAAGCAAAAAGAUCACUACUCGUGGAAGGCUCAGAUGAUGAGCACAAAGUUAUCAUUGUUGGGCUGGAUAAUGCAGGGAAAACUACCAUCCUUUACCAAUUUUCUAUGAAUGAAGUUGUACAUACAUCCCCUACAAUAGGAAGUAAUGUAGAAGAGAUAGUGAUUAAUAAUACACGAUUUCUAAUGUGGGAUAUUGGUGGCCAAGAAUCUCUUCGUUCUUCCUGGAACACUUACUAUACUAACACAGAGUUUGUAAUAGUUGUUGUGGACAGUACAGACAGAGAAAGGAUUUCUGUAACUAGAGAAGAACUCUAUAAGAUGUUAGCCCAUGAGGAUCUAAGGAAAGCUGGAUUGCUGAUUUUUGCUAAUAAACAAGAUGUUAAAGAAUGCAUGACUGUAGCAGAAAUCUCCCAGUUUUUGAAACUAACUUCUAUUAAAGAUCACCAGUGGCAUAUCCAGGCAUGCUGUGCUCUUACUGGCGAGGGAUUAUGCCAAGGACUGGAAUGGAUGAUGUCACGACUUAAACUUAGAUGAUCUCUACUGACUUCUUCUCAUAGACUUUAUAUAAACGAAGUGCUAGACUUUACCUGAAAGCUCCAAAAAUUAAUGGUUCGGAUAUAUUUAUAGUAAACUGAUUUAAACUUUUUCUAUAAGAAGAAAAAUUAAGACCACUUAUUUGAAAACGAAGAUGAAGCCUCACCUUCCAAUUGCUUUCUCAUUAGUUUCUUCCAAAGCCAGGUCUUAAAGCUGUGAUUGACAUUUUUCUCCUAAAGAGUCCUCUCAAGACAUUGUGUAGCCUGUGGUAAGUACAAAAGGAGAGGAAGACAUUUUUUAAAACUUUAAGAGCUUUAUUAUCAGUAUAACCCUCUUUUGUUGAAUGUUCUCUUUUUGUUCCAUUAAGUCAAAAUAUAAAUCAGCACAGAUAUUCAGUUUCUGGUAUUUUAAAAUGUAAUGUUACUUAUGAAAAGUAUUUUGCAUUUGUGUAUGUAUUGUGUGUUUACCUCAACUUCAAGUUAAUGGCUUUGAUUUAUGUUCUAAAGAAAAGUGAAUAACAAAAAUUAAUAAUAUUCUUAAUUAUAACAAUAAUGAAAUGAAUACUGGCAUUGGUUUAAGUGCCAAUUUGUACUUUUCCCCUAUGCUCUCUGCAUUGGACUAAUCAACCCCCCAAAUCAUUGAGCUGCUCUUUAAAAAAAGAAAGAAAAAAAGUUUGACAUUGGAUACCUAUGUUUUGUUGUUGUUCAAAUGUAAUCCAAUAAGUGGAAUAUCUAUCAAGUUCUUAGAAUUACUAAUGGGCACAAUUGCACAUUGAGCAGUUAUCUGAUUGUUCCCUUUAUGAGACCGUAUGCCAUCUAAAUUACUGAGUAAACUGUUAAUCCAUUAAUCAAUUAUUAACUGUGAUUAAAAUUACCAACUGAUUUUCAGCAUUAAUGGAAAACUGUUGUGUGAAAUGUCUA